AUGAAUGCCUUUCAUGCAGAUGAAAUUGAUUUUGAUAACGAACCACACGGGUCUCAAGUUUUGACACCAGCUUGUCCACACCCACCGGGUAAGGCUGCGGCGACACAAUGCAACGCUAAAAAAGCCUCUGAGCCCGAGCCGCCCCGCAGAGACCCUCUGCUGCAGCUGGUUUCCCUCCAGAAGGCGUCCGGCUGCUGGAUGCUGGAUGCAGCUCUUGCCUCAGUGUUGGGGAAAACUAGUGAGGAACUGGAGAAGUCAAAACCUGAAAAGGUGGGUCACUGA